UUAACAAUAAUUAUCUCCGAAGUUUGUAAAUUUGUAUUUACCAUUUAGUAUUUUGUAAUUGUAAUCAACUCAAGCUGAACUUAUUGAUGAAUUAUUUCUUAUUCGAACAAUUUUGAUACUAUUUUUAUUUAUACAUUUAAAUAAAUGUAUUUAAAAGUCUUGUGUUUUCAGUUAUUUUCUUUUUUACUGUUAUAAAGCUAAGUAUUAUCAAAAUAUGAUUGAAUGUGUUCAUGAAAGAAAGAACAACAUGUUUGGCUCUAGCAGUAAACUAGAUGUUGAUUCUGCUGGUAAUUUGGCACACAGUGCUAGUGUUUGUAGUGACAUUUCAAAUCGUACCAAAAUGGAUAUUGUAUGCAUCAUAGACGUUGUCCAGUCUAGUAAUUUGGCUCACCGUAAAAGAGCUUUAGAGGAAGUUAAACAAGCAGCUAUGAUUGUUAAUGCCAACUUAUUUAUUGUUUCGUUUGAGAAAUUAGAUUUUGGAGAAACUGCGGAGUUGGAUACAUUUUAUAAUGCAGAUGUAGCUAUAGUUGAUUUGUCAAUACAACUUCAACAAAGCUCAUUGUUUUAUCAUUUGGGUUUACGUGAGAGUUUUGGAAUGAAACAAAACAUCAUGUUGUAUAAUGAUCUAGAUACUGAAGUUACAUUACGACUGAAGUUGUCGUGUGGUUCAUAUACAUUUCUUUCAUAUAAAUUAGCAGAUUGUGGAACUUGUCUCACUACCAAUACUUCAUUUCAGGACGAAAGUGGUGGAUCUGCUUUUGAACCUAGGGUACCAGUUACAGUAAAAUUAAGAAAGUUGUUAAAAGAUGUUGAAAUUCAGACUAAAGUUCAUAUUAAAGAGAAAUUUUUAUCAGAUUUAAGAAAAGCUAGGGAAAAUUACUCAGGUGAAGAAUUACGUAAAAAGUUGCUUAUUAUGAGGAAACGACUAGAUGAUCCACAUGUGCUUUCUGGUGAUGUAGUUCAUACCAUGUUGAUAUCAUUUAGGGAUGUACAGGACUAUGAUGCAAUGGUUCAACUUGUUGAAGAUAUACAAACUAUUCCAAACAAGAAAAAUUAUGUACAAACACCAGCAUUGCGAUAUUUAUAUCCUUUUGCUUUAAAUAGACGUAACAAACCUGGAGAUCGUGAAAAAGCAUUGCAAGUAAUUGAACUAGCAUUGAAAAAGAAAGAAAAUCAAAUACCUGAUAUGGUUUGUUUAUGUGGUCGUAUUUAUAAAGAUAAAUUUGUUGAGUCAUCAUUUGAAGACAAAGCUGCUCUUGAACAUGCUAUACAUUGGUAUCGUAAAGGAUUUGAAGUACAACCAAAUGAAUAUGCUGGAAUUAAUUUAGCCACAUUAUUACUUGUUGCUGGAAAUGAAUUUUCCAAGUCUGAUGAACUUCAACACAUUGGAAUGGUUUUAAACAAUUUGAUUGGAAAAAAAGGAAGUUUAUCAUCUCUCAAUGAAUACUGGGCUGUAGCAACAUUUUUUGAAAUUAGUGUAUUAGCAGAAGACUAUGGUAAAGCAAUUCAAGCAGCUGAAUGUAUGUUUAAAUUAAAACCUUCAAUUUGGUACUUAAAGUCAACAGUAGGAAAUAUAGAACUAAUUGAUAAGUUUAGGAAAAAAAGUGAAGAAAAUGAAUAUACACUCGAAAAAGAUAUCUUUAAGUUUUGGAUGGAAUAUUUUGUAGAGGCCACAAAAACAGAAAUUGACGAUACCAUUCGUUUUCCUAUUUUAGUUUUAGAACAGUUAAAAGUAUAUAUGCCUAGUUAUGUUGUGGUGAACCUUGGUGCUGAAGAAAAAUCUAUCUUCCUAUGCAAUCAGUGUAUAAAAUGUACUAGAAAUACUUGUAAACAAGUGCAUAAGUGGUUGUUCGUUGCUAGUAUGAUAAGGAGUGUUAGUUUAUGCAAGAUAGAUGAUAGGUGUUUAUUUUUAUAUGUUCAUGCAAACUCUGAUGAUUUUCAAAUGUAUUUUCCAUCUUCUCAAUAUCGUCAAAAGUUUUAUGAUCUCGUUAAAAAAAUGACAGAGGGCGAAGAGGGAAUGAUGAAUAACUUAGAUGAAGAUUCAGCUGAAGAACAAAUCAAUUUUGAAUAUGAGCUGAAUGAUUCACAGACAAAAAAAAUUCUUGGUAAAGGAACAUAUGGUAUCGUAUAUGCAGCUCUUGAUCUCAACACACAAGUGCGAAUUGCAGUUAAGGAAAUACCGGAAAGAAAUAUAGGUUAUGUUCAACCACUGCAUGAAGAAAUAAAACUUCAUUCCCAACUGUAUCAUCGAAAUAUUGUCCGGUAUUUAGGGUCAAUAUCUGAAGAUGGUUUUUUUAAGAUAAUUAUGGAACAAGUUCCUGGAGGAAGUCUUUCUGCUUUGCUACGUUCCAAAUGGGGACCAUUAAAAGGAAACGAGCCUACUAUUUCAUUUUAUACUAAACAGAUUCUUGAAGGAUUGAAAUAUUUACAUGAUCAAAAAAUUGUACACCGUGAUAUUAAAGGUGAUAAUGUCCUGGUUAAUACGUAUAGUGGUGUAGUAAAAAUAUCUGAUUUUGGAACCUCUAAACGCCUUGCUGGAUUGUGUCCUAGUACUGGAACUUUCACUGGCACAUUGCAGUAUAUGGCUCCGGAAGUAAUAGACAAAGGACAAAGAGAAUAUGGCGCUCCAGCUGACAUAUGGUCAUUAGGGUGUACAGUUGUAGAAAUGGCAACUGGUGAACCUCCAUUUACAGAACUUGGAUCAGCAGUAGCAGCUGUAUUUAAAGUUGGUUUUUAUAAAACACAUCCAGAAAUACCGGUUGAACUCAGUGACCGAGCUAGCAAUUUUAUACUUAGGUGUUUUACUGUUGAUCCAGAUAAGCGAGCUACAGCUACUGAUUUAUUAGAAGAUUUAUUUAUGAAUGAGAAAAAGAAAACAUCUAAAGCAUUAAUAGCUCCUCUUGAGUUUAAUCGCAGUGUAUCGGUACCAGUAGAAAAAGGGAUAAAAACUAAUCCAGCUUCAAGUAAUCAAGAAAAUAUCAACAAAAAUCCUAGUAAACAACGUGUAUUUAAAGAAGACAGUCUCGACGGUCAACGGUAUAACAGGCGACAGUCUUCGGGUGCGUUGGCGUCGCCUGAAAUCGACAUGAUGGGCACGGCGGGUAGCACAGCAGAGGCGGAACACGAUGGGUUCUACAGGCUGAAAAAAGACUCGCAGCGGAGGACCACGCUGGCCCGGGUGUUGGUCCAAGACCAGGCCACGUUGGGCAAGGUGUGGCUUCAGUUCAUACGUCGGGAGUUUGGGCAGCCCAAGCUGACCAGUGAGCACCUGGAGGUGUUGAUGAAAGGUCUCCGGGAUUACAUCACGGACCAAAAUAGGGACGUCGUUGAGCGGACCAUAUACAGCCUCAAGGAGCAGUUGAACUUUGACGCGGUCGCCGUACACCAGCUGCACAUAUCAUUGUGCUUGUUUAAGGAUGCGGCCAAGUCUGUGUUGCGGUUACACAAUAUUAAACCCCAUUGGAUGUUUACGCUCGACACGUUGGUGAGCAGUGCCGUGAAUGCCGUCAUUGCUGUCCUUAAGCCCGAGUUCGAAGACAACCUCACGGCAAAAGAUACCAAGCUAGACGGUAGCGACUUUUCCGCCAUCACGGAUGACACGAAGACCAGCUCGCCGUCGUUCAGUUCGUCAAUAAAAUCUCACAAGACCGACGACAGCUGUUACCUGGACGGUCCGUCGAUGAAGAGUAGGCGUGCGAUUAUGUUUCAGGCCGAAAACCACAGAUUUCUAGAAGAAGUGUUGGAGAGUCAAAACAGUUUGCUGAAAAAAAUGGUGGAAGAUCAAAAGGACCUGAUGUCCAUGUUGAAAUGGACUGCUGAACAGAACGCUGCCAUUCGUGGCGAUUACUGUUGUAGCUCAUGUCGAAAUUGCUCAAGAGAGUUCAGAGAUUUCGAUUACGAAAACAGUGCAGAUGGCUGUUUCAAAGAUCUGAUCAAAUGGCUUCGUGAUAUCGGUAUUGACGAACACUCUAUAAAAAUAUUGGUCAAUGAACAGUUUCUGUUGGACCAAAUACAAUUUGACGUCACAAGAGAAGAUUUAAGAGAUCUUGGGUUGAAACGGGGUGUUGAGUUGAGGCUGUGGAAAGAAAUUGAGCGGCACAGAGAAAACAACUUAAUGUCAUCUGGUGGGACACUGCCGUCUGUCACAUCACAGCCUCUUACACCGUCAUCUAUUAACAAUAAUAAUUAUACCUGUGAUACACUGCAACAACUGCAGUCAAGUCGCCGUAUGAGCAAUCACAUUAAUAAUAACUAUGUGUAGCAGUAAUAAUAACAGUACUGUGUUCCAUG